CUCAGUUGGUCCAGUUCCGGCUGAGAGAGAGGACACGGAUGAAUCCUCUCCGUAACCGUAUGUAGACAAGUGAGCGGGACCAGCGUUGCUACUGCUGGGCAAUGUCAGGGACCCCAGAGAAUACUGGGUCAGAGCCUAAUUCAACAGACUUUCGAGGAAAUUUGGAGGACAGGGAUGGUGGUAGCAGAGGCCGAGGCCGAGGCCAAGGCCAAGGCCCAGGCCGUGGACGAGGCCGUGGACGAGGCCGAGGACAAGGCCGCGGCCAAGUAAGAGGCUGCAGCAGUGUCUCAUCUGAUCAUGUUGGGACUAGGGCAGCAGACUCGCGUGGGCCGCCACUCUGCUUUAGCUUGAAGAGCUGUAUGAUUGGUGCCGUAAUUGGUCGCGGUGGUUCAAAGAUAAAACAUCUUCAGUCUUCCACAAACACUAAGAUACAAAUCAUAGAUGGGGAUGCUGAAGCAGAAGUAAAAAUUUUUGGUACGGAUGACAUGAAAAGAAAGGCUAAGGAAGCUAUAGAUGCUCUUGUUAAGAAUCAAGAGAAGUAUAUGCCUGAAUCUAGUGCUGAUAAUGCCACAGCCCAAUCCUCUGUUGAAAGUGUUACAUCCCAGAACCCUGGUGAUAAUGCUGCAUCUCAGCAUCAGGCUGAAAAGAAUCUAAGCACAAGUAGCAUUGUCAAGAGAGUUGGGCCAGUAAUAGACUGGGAUCAGAUCCGGGCAGCAAGUAUAGAGUGGAAACAAAGAAAAUGGGCCGAUUUGCCACCUAUUAAGAAAAAUCUUUACUUAGAAUCUGAAGCUACCAGCUCAAUGUCUGCAGCUGAAGUAGACAAAUGGAGAAAAGAUAAUUUUGACAUAAUCUGUGAUGACCUGAAGAAAGAUGAGAAGCGUCCAAUCCCUAAUCCAACUUGCAAAUUUGAAGAUGCCUUUGGGCAGUAUUCUGAACUGAUGGAAAAUUUAACAAAUGCAGGUUUAGAAAAACCAACGCCAAUUCAGUCACAGGCAUGGCCCAUUAUUCUACAAGGAAUAGAUCUUAUAGGGGUUGCCCAAACUGGAACGGGCAAGACAUUGUCGUAUUUAAUGCCUGGGUUCAUUCAUCUCGUUUCUCAGCCAACAACUAGAGAAGAAAGGAAUGGACCCGGCAUGCUAAUUCUUACUCCAACUAGAGAAUUAGCUCUUCAGGUGAAAACUGAGUGCUCUAAGUACUCAUAUAAGAAUCUUAAAAGUGUUUGCAUAUAUGGUGGCAGAAACAGAAAGGAACAAAUAAAAGAUGUUACCAAAGGUGUCGAUAUCAUUAUUGCAACUCCCGGAAGAUUAAAUGAUCUGCAAAUGAAUAACUUCGUCAACUUAAGAAGCAUAACCUAUUUGGUAAUAGAUGAGGCCGAUAAAAUGCUGGAUCUUGGAUUCGAACCUCAGAUAAUGAAGAUACUAUCUGAUGUGCGUCCAGAUAGACAGACAGUCAUGACAAGUGCAACUUGGCCAGAUGCGGUCCGUCAUCUUUCCCAGUCAUAUCUGAAAGAGCCUAUGAUUGUUUAUGUUGGUACUCUGGAUCUAGUUGCUGUAAAUACAGUGAAGCAAAAUAUAAUUGUUACCACCGAAGAAGAAAAGCGAGCUCAUUUUGAAGAAUUCUUACAUAACAUGGCACCUGAAGACAAAGUGAUCGUGUUCGUUAGCAGAAAACUUGUUGCUGAUGACAUAUCAAGUGACUUAGGCAUCCAAGGCGUACCUGUACAAUUGUUGCAUGGUGCCAGAGAGCAGGAGGAACGCGAACAGGCACUGGAGGAAUUUAAAGCUGGCUAUGUGAAAGUAAUGAUCGCAACUGAUUUAGCAUCCAGAGGCCUCAACGUUGAUGACAUCACACACGUAUAUAAUUAUGACUUCCCACGAAAUAUUGAAGAAUAUGUACACAGAGUAGGGCGUACUGGAAGAGCUGGCAAGAGGGGCAUAUCGAUUACCCUAAUUACUAGAAAUGAUUCGAGGAUUGCUGGUGAAUUGAUUAACAUUCUGAAGAGAACAAAUCAGAGCAUCCCUGAAGAGCUUGUAACCAUGGCAGAAAAAUAUAAGCUGCGUGAACAAAGAAAGAUGACAGAUAAAACACCAAGAAAUUAUCAAGAAAAAUACAAGGAGUUUUAAAGCUUACAUUGAAAAAUUGUACCGGGAUAGUGGAAGAUUAAAAGCAAGUUAAAGAUAUGUAAUAGUCAAGACACAUAGAAGGACUGAGAACAUUCUGCCAGGCAAUUGGAAGAAACACCACUUCUUAAAUACUAUCCCUAAGCUUUGAAUAUUGUUCAUGCUCCUUAAUAAAAUGUUUAAAAUGAGAA